AUGAGUGGCUCUAAGAUUGUGGUUGCCUUAUUCAUUCUUUUCUGUUGGCAGAUCCCCACAGCGGGGGGGUUUGUUAUUUCGGAAGAGGAGAUCAAAUAUAGCAAGGUUUCAUGCCCUGCUAUUCCAUCUUUUGAUACUGUGGCAUAUGCCACAGACAUGAAUAUUGAGCUGCCUUGCCUGUGCAUGCCAGAUACAAAGACGCCUGUUAUUUGGUAUUAUAAAGACACAUUACGCAGUUUAAAUACCAAACUGCUGACGACACCAGCUGGAAAAGCAGACGAUUAUGUGUCGCUCCAUCUAGAGUCCAAGAUCAUCACCAGGUUUUAUAGCUUGAUCGUUCAGAAGGCUCGUGUAAAAGACUCAGGUCUCUACAUCUGCGGAAGCAGUGAUGGGCAAUUCUACUGGGGGUAUGAUGUUGAUAUACAAGAUUUCUCAAAUGCUUAUGUGGAAUUUGAAGACCACCAUCAACACCCUCAGCCAAACCUUGUCUCUGACCAACUGACAGCUUUCACUUCCUUUUGGGAAUGGAGUCAGUGUGACCGCUGUGAUGUUCGUGGGGAGCAACAAAAAGUUGGCCUUUGUUAUGUCAGCAGUACCUAUCUUGAUCUAAGGUACCGGCUAACAGAGACCGGUGUUGCUUCCUGCGGCUCAGACGCUGUACCUCCAAACUUGAAAGAGCAGAUUUCUUGGCGCAGACCUGAAAUAUUCUUCCGGAACUGCGAGACCCCCUGCCACAACAGGAAAGCAGGGGUUCUGGGCACAAUUAAGUAUUGGCUGCAUAAACUGAACAAAAUCAAGGAUUACAUCCCUUGGCUUCCCAAGGCUCCAACAGAACAACAUACUCACACCUUGGGAAGCAGCCUUACUCUUGCCUGCCCAGGUGCCAAACCCCAAGAUGCUGUUUCUUGGGAUAAAGGCAACAUAAACUUGUACAAGUCAGACUACUUCAUUGGACAAGAGAUGGCCAAAAGAAUCUACAUAGACCACGGCAAUAAUCUGAACUUCCGUUAUGUCACUUUCAAUGACAAAGCCACCUAUUACUGUUGGUUGAAGGGACAGCUUCAAGCUGGCAUUAAGCUGCUCAUUACGACUGACCCGAUACACCAGAGGAAGUUCACCGAUGCAGAAUCCUACCUUGCCCUGAAGAUUAUUGCCUACAGUUUUUGCAUUUUUAUCUCAAUCUUUGUGGUUGUCCAUUGCGUUAAAUGCUUUGUCUACAAUUUUAGGUGUUUCCCAUGCAUCUAA